AUGUCCAUACAGCGUGAGGAGGUAUUGAGUAAUGUCUGGCGAGACGGUAUUUUUGACGGGAAGGUCGCCUUUUGCACUGGCGGAGGAGGAAGCCUUGUCAGCGUUCAAACACGCGCACUCGUGAUCCUGGGAGCAAAUGCUUGUAUCGUCGGAAGGAACGUUGAAAAUACAGAGAGGGUAGCUAAAGAUAUUGCGACUGCUCGUAAAGGGGCAAAGGUUCUCGGACUCGGCGCUGUCGAUGUCAGAAGCCUAGAGAGUCUCGAGAAGGCAGUCGCGACAUGCGUCAAGGAGCUAGGACAGAUUGACUUUGUGAUAGCUGGAGCUGCUGGAAAUUUCCUCGCACCGCUUACGCAGCUAUCGCAGAAUGCAUUCAAAACGGUAAUCGACAUCGACCUCUUUGGCUCUUGGAACACGCUCAAAGCCACUCUACCACAUCUUAUCACGUCCGCUCAGAAGAAUAAGGGCGAUGGAAAGCGCAGCUCUGAAUCUGGCACAGGCGGAAGGAUUAUCUUCGUUAGUGCGACACUCGGCUAUACCGGAACGCCAUUACAGACACAUGCCAUUGUCGCAAAGGCAGGGGUGGACAAGUUGGCGGUCCAAGUGGCAAUUGAGCUUGGGCCCCGAGGCAUCACGUCGAACGUAAUUGCGCCAGGAGGGGUGACUGGUACAGAGGGCACAGAUCGAUUGAUCAAGAAUGGAAGUGACAGUAGGGUCGUCAAGACAGUCCCCAGUGGGCGACUUGGAACGGUCAAGGACAUGGCAGACGUUGUGGUGUAUCUCUUCUCGGAUGCUGGAAAUUACGUCAACGGAGAAACUAUUGUUGUCGAUGGAGGAGCAUGGCACACGAAUGGAGCCUCGGCAGGACGUGAUUUCACGUAUCCCGAUUUCUUGCUCUCCGACGAUGUUGUCAGUGGUGUGAAGGGUACCCGCAAGGCGAAAAUAUGA